GUGUUGUACAAGUUGGCAACAUGUUCAAAAUCACAGUGCCUCGAUCGGCGCGGUCACCAUUGUUGAGACCGUUGACCAGCACAAAGUCCGCUAUCGUGAACCCUUUAGCUUUUGGAGCCCUGGCCAACUUCCGAAGAGGGUAUGCCAGUGAAGCUGAAGAGAAAGAUCUUGUCAUCAUCGGUGGAGGUGUGGCUGGCUAUGUCGCCGCCAUCAAAGCCGGUCAAGCGGGUUUGAAGGUGGCAUGUAUAGAAAAGCGCGAUGCGUUGGGCGGAACAUGUCUGAACGUCGGCUGCAUCCCGUCCAAAUCUCUUCUCAACAACACGCACCUGUACCACCAGAUCCUCCAUGACACGAAAAACCGCGGAAUCGAAGUCGGCGACGUCAAGAUGAACAUUCAGCAAUUGAUGAAAGCCAAGGACACGUCCGUGACAGGGUUGACGAAGGGGAUUGCGUUCCUCUUCAAGAAACACAACAUUGAAUGGGUCAAGGGAUCAGGUUCUUUUGUCGACGAACACACCGUGAAGGCGGAUUUGGUGGAGGGUGGAGAACGGCUGCUGCGUGCGAAAAACAUCUUCAUUGCAACCGGAAGCGAAGUGUCGCCGUUCCCAGGGCUUCAGGUGGAUGAGAAGAGGGUAAUCACGAGCACCGGUGCCCUUGCUUUAGAACAGGUCCCGAAGAAGAUGCUGGUCAUUGGCGGUGGUAUCAUCGGUCUCGAGAUGGCCUCCGUAUGGUCUCGGUUAGGCGCUGAAGUCACCGUCGUCGAGUUCCUGGGCCGCAUUGGUGGCCCGGGUAUGGACGAGGAGAUCGCAAAGCAAACCCAAAAGAUCCUCCAGAAGCAAGGCCUGAAGUUCAAGCUGAACACCAAGGUUGUGACAGGAGACACCACCGGCGAGCUCAUUUCACUGAACGUCGAGUCAACGAAGGGCGGUAAAGCCGAGACCAUCGAUGCCGAUGUCGUCCUCACCGCCAUCGGCCGCCGUCCAUACACCUCAGGCCUCAACCUCGAGUCCAUCGGUCUCGAAACCGACGAUCGCGGCCGCCUCGUCAUCGACCACGAAUACCGCACCAAGCACCCGCACAUCCGCGUGAUCGGCGACGUGACCUUCGGCCCGAUGCUUGCGCACAAAGCCGAGGAAGAAGGUGUCGCCGCUGUCGAGUACAUCACCAAGGGCCACGGCCACGUCAACUACGGCGCCAUCCCCUCCGUCAUGUACACUUACCCGGAGGUCGCCUGGGUUGGCCAGGCGGAGCAGGAUGUCAAGGCUGCCGGGAUCAAGUAUAAGGUCGGGACCUUCCCGUUCAGCGCGAACAGCCGCGCCAAGACGAACCUCGACUCUGAGGGUUUGGUCAAGUUCAUCGCGGAUGCGGAGACCGAUCGGGUCCUCGGUGUGCAUAUCGUCGGGCCGGCGGCGGGCGAGCUGAUUGCUGAAGGGACGUUGGCGGUCGAGUAUGGCGCGUCGUGCGAGGAUGUGGCGAGGACGUGUCAUGCGCAUCCGACGUUGUCGGAGGCGGUGAAGGAGGCGGCGAUGGCGACGUAUGACAAGGCGAUUCAUUUCUAGUCGGAAAAGAAAGAAGAAAGCAGAGGAAAGGUGGGAAUAUCGUAGUUCAUGUUGCUUGAGCGCAUCGUAGGUUCAUUCCGGGGGUGGAAAGAGGAGGGGGUAAAAUAUCUUCGGCAGGGCGAAGCUGGAGCACUUUUGUGUCUUGUAGGAUAUUCGUGGCAUAGAUGACGCUGUAACAAAGUAUGCAAAUUUCGCGUUACUAAGAAGUGCACGCGUGUAUUUGUACAUAAGGUACGAACGGAAACCCAUAUAUGUACGUAAAAGUGACCUGGGUGAGACCAUCCUGCGAGAGAACACCCGACCUCAUAUCC